AAUUUUUGAACCUUUAAUUUUAAUCAAAAUCUCUUGUUCUCUUUAUUUUUUUUCCAACGUCCACACUGUCUCCAGAUCCACACGUACGCUAUUUGUGGAUGUUGCUGAUUUGCUUCGUACUUGCGCGUACAGAGGUGCAUACCCUCGACUUCUCCCAAGCCGGUCAACGCCGGCAGCAUCAGCUCUAUUCCCCCACGGUGCCGCGCUCCGCCACCCCCGUCGACGACCACCUCCGCCCAGCCACAGCACCAGGAUGCCGGCAUAUGCCUCGAGCGACUCGCCGGCGCCGCCACCUACCAGGGCAUGGCCGUGCACCCGGACGGCUCCGGCAGGGCCUUCCUGUACACCCAGGACGGCAAGGUCUCGCUUGCGAUGCUGCCCCCACGGGGGUCCGGAGCGGCGUUGCAGGUCAACGGCGACGGGGCCAUUCUCGACCUCACUGGUCGGGCGCUCAUUAGGCUAACGGGGCUUGCGCUCCACCCGGAGUUCGCGGCCAACGGACUCUUGUUUGUCGCCUACACCUGCGAUAGCGACAACUCACCAGCGUGCGGCGGCGCUGGAACAUCAUCAUCCUCGUCUCCUCCUUCUCCUCCUCCUGCUGCUGGUGGUGGAAAUCGAUCGAGCAGGUACCAGUUCGUUGUCGAGGAGUUCAGCACGAAGGGCGUUGACUAUGGCAUGGGGACUCAUCAAGCUCGAGCUGCUCCAACUGAGGUGAGGAGGAUCUUCGCCAUGGGUUUGCCGCCGCAGCUGGUGGACGCGCGUGGAGGCCAGAUCUUCUUCCGUCCUGGUGGCGAUGAUGGGCAUCUCUACCUCGCCGUGGGGCGUGGUGGUGGAGCAGGAGGCGAAGCGAGCUCCCCGUUUCUGGGCAAGAUCAUCAGGCUCGACGUCGACCGCAUGCCGGCGGGCAACAAGGAGCCCAAGAUUUUUGCCAGUGGACUCGGCGACCUGAGGGGCUGCAGCUUCGAUUCCAUGAAGCCUUCUGACUUGUACUGCGCGGGAGUGGAUGAGCAACAGAAUGAGCAGAUCUACCUGAUCUCCAACUACAGCGCCUUUCCAACCACGGCCGCCGUCUCCGUCGUCAUCGACCACGGCCGUCCAACAGCCGGCCAGGCGCCAUCCAUCGUAGGUGGUUUCGUCAAUCGAGGUCCCGCUGACCCCUUCUUGAAUGGAAGGUACAUGUACAUAUAUAAUUCUUCCGUGUGGGCUGCAGCGGAAACUCCAGCGAGCAAUGCUGGCGGGCUCCAUGCACACCCCUCCGCCCGGAUCCCCAACGUCCGGUGCUCCAAGAGCAGCCCCGUGCCCUGCGGCGGCGAGGCCAUCGCCGGCAGCAUCGUCUUCUUGUGCCAGGACAGCAGCAUGGACGUCUACAUCAUCACCACCGGCGGCAUCUACCGAAUCAUUCAGCCAGGCCUCUACGCCGGCGGCGCUCCUCCUCUCGCGUCGCCGCAGAAGAUGCCACCAUGGCUUACGUGGCUCAUCUCCAUCCUUGGACUUGUUUUCUUGGUAGCGAUCCCAGCCAUCUCCUCGUCCCUGUGCGGCGGCGCAGGAGCAGGGCGGCCUACACCAAACUUGUCCUUCAGCUUGAGCUGCUGCUCAUGGAACUGCUGCUCCAGUGGCACGACAAAUUAAAGGCAGAAACUAUGCGCCUACCGGUGGUCAAGAGGGUCGUUGUAAUGACCCAAAUGUGCAUCAUGAGCAUUCUUGUUAGCAUUCAUAAGUCUUGUUAGUUUGUGUAUUUGAAAAUGGAAAAUAGAUUUGUUUUGAAACAUAUAGUUUCAUAGAAAUGUGUACUUGCUACAGAAUCCUUAUCAAGUGGGUCGUUGUAAUAA